AUGUCGAUUGCCCGGACACCGUUUCUAAUUGGAGUAGCUGGUGGAACAGCUAGUGGUAAGGUAAGUAUUUUUUAUUUUAUUGUUUCUUUCUGGCUUUAGGAGGUUUGAAUUGGAAGAAAUCUGAACGUCAAGUGUAAUAUCGGGAGAUCUCUGGAUUUUAUGCACGUUCGCUAUUUCGAAGGUUCGCGAAGGGGGUUUGAACCUUUUCCAAAGUCUUUUCGAUAUUUGUAUAGCAGGAAAACAGCGCAUAUUAUACUGAAUUUUGUUUUUGAUUGAUUAGUUCUGUUGUACUAGGUGUUGUUAUAAAGUGCGCAAAAAAUAUCUCGAAUUGAUCUUAUAUCUUGGCGGAAAUAGCUUGCCUAUGUUCUCACUGCUCUGCAGAAGGAGCUGCGAUGAAUUUAUUAUAGUAUUCUUCGAUUUAGAAGGGAUUUUUACAUUACACUUGACUUUUUCGGACUUUCUUCUUUAAACUCUUGUUUUGAGCGUCAUUUUAAGCUGAAUGAUGGUAAACAUUGUGACAGCAGCAUGUUGUAGCUUCUCUAGAAGUUUUACCUUGAUAUUCGCAGUUAACUUUCAGUUCUGACCAAUUUUCGAUAUUACACUGGAUAUUAGACUCAAUUUUUUCGAAUUUUGCCUCCCUUAUCAUUCGUUUUUUUCAGACAUCAGUAUGUCGUCUAAUCAUGAGCCGGCUCAGCAAUACCGAAGCCCGCAAGAGGGUUGUGGCCAUCUGUCAGGACUCCUUCUACAAAGAUUUGACGACCGAAAGUGACCGAAAGAAGGCUGAGAAAGGAGAGUACAAUUUCGACCAUCCGAACGCUUUCGACAACCAAUUGAUGCUUCAAAUUCUGAAGGAUCUUAAGGCCGGACUCCCUGUGAAAGUCCCGAAAUACGACUUCUGCACCAACUCAAGGUGAGUUUCUUUUACUUUUUUGUUUUUCGAUUUUUAGGAGAUCAAUUUUUGUUGGAGUUUUGCAUAAACAACGUCUAAAAUGUUGUUUACAGAGUGAAAGACGAUUUUUCCUCUAUCGAAUCGGCGGAUGUUGUGAUUGUUGAGGGAAUUUUGAUCUUCUACGACCCGGAACUGCGGAACAUGUUCAACGUAAAGCUGUUUGUUGACGCGGACCCGGAUAUUCGUCUGGCUAGACGCGUGGAGAGGGACACAAUGGAACGUCAGAGGAACCUCAACCAAGUUAUCCAUCAGUAUUUGGGGUUGGUGAAGCCCGCGUUCGAAGAGUUUUGUCUGCCCACCAAGAAGUAUGCCGACGUCAUCAUUCCAAGAGGCGCUGACAACGAAGUGGCCAUCGAUCUGAUUGUGAAACAUAUUGAGGACAUUCUACGAACACCCAGACAUUCUCCAGAGCCCAAAGAAGUGGAGCUACCACCGGUUUAUGUGGCAUCAAACGACGGCGGAAUCCAGCAGGUUUCUCGACCUCAUUAA